ACACAAUUUUCUUUCUCUCUCUUCGCACAAUUGCUCUCUCUUUCUCUCUCUAGAAAUUUCAGAUUCACCGAGAGAGAUGAUGCAACCAGGACACGGCAUGGCUCCUCCCACCAUGGGCCAACAGCCACCGCAACAAUACCAACAGCCACCACCACAGCAGCCGUACGUCAUGAUGCAACCACAACAACCGCCGGCUAUGUGGGCGGCCCAAUCCGCUCAGCCACCUCAGCAGCCCGCCAGCGCUGAUGAGGUCCGUACUCUCUGGAUCGGUGAUUUGCAGUACUGGAUGGAUGAGAAUUAUCUCUAUACCUGCUUUGGUAACACAGGCGAGUUGACAUCUGUGAAAGUGAUUAGGAAUAAGCAAACUAGUCAAUCAGAAGGUUAUGGUUUUAUUGAGUUUAAUACUCGUGCCACUGCUGAGAGAGUGCUUCAGACAUACAACGGAACUAUUAUGCCGAAUGGUGGUCAGAACUACAGAUUGAACUGGGCAACUUUCAGUGCUGGGGAAAGGUCGUCGAGACAGGACGAUGGUCCUGACCAUACCAUUUUUGUUGGUGAUUUGGCUGCGGAUGUUACUGAUUACCUUCUUCAGGAGACUUUUAGGGCUCGUUAUAACUCUGUGAAGGGGGCAAAAGUUGUGAUUGAUAGGCUUACCGGUAGGUCUAAGGGUUAUGGUUUUGUGAGAUUUGCUGAUGAGGGUGAACAGAUGAGGGCUAUGACUGAGAUGCAAGGGGUUCUUUGUUCAACAAGACCCAUGAGGAUUGGUCCAGCCACUAAUAAAAACCCUGCUGCCACCACUCAGCCGAAAGCUUCGUAUAACCCUAGUGGCGGACAAAGCGAGAAUGAUCCCAAUAACACAACUAUUUUUGUUGGCAACUUGGAUCCAAAUGUCACCGACGAUCAUCUGAGGCAAGUUUUCACCCAAUAUGGUGAACUAGUACAUGUGAAGAUUCCAUCAGGCAAGCGAUGUGGGUUUGUCCAAUUUUCGGACAGGAGCUGUGCAGAAGAGGCAAUACGUGUUUUGAAUGGAACUUUAUUGGGUGGACAAAAUGUUCGCCUUUCAUGGGGACGCACUCCUUCAAACAAACAGACUCAGCAAGAUCCAACCCAGGGUGGUUACCCUGCUGCUGGUGGAUAUUACGGCUAUGCCCAGGGUGGUUAUGAGAAUUAUGGUUAUGCUGCUCCUCCUGCUGGACAGGAUCCCAAUGUGUAUGGAAGUUAUCCGGGGUAUCCUGGUUACCAACACCCACAGCAGCAACAACAGCAAAUGGGAUAUAGCUAAGAAAUUGCUGCUACAUGUUUGUGACCUUUUGUGACUGUACUGUUUGUGACCUUUUGUGACAGUACUGUUUUGAUGGAGUUGCUUUUCCCUUUUUGGAAUAAGGAUUCUUAUCCUUUUUCCCCCUCUUCCCAUUUGAUUGCUAGUAACAUUGGAGUUUUACCAAAGGCUCUUGUAUUCCUUUAAAUUUGCUUGCUGAUUACUUUUUGUUGUUUAGAUUUUUGAUGACAUUGGCUAUCUAUUGUGUUGAUGUUAGCUGAUCUCAGCUAGCCUGUGUUAAAUUAACAGUAGACCUAAUCAAAAUUUGAAGUGUUUUAGGAUGCGGAAUAAAUCACUGCUUUUCUUAA